UCUCUUUAGAAAGAAAUCCUUGGGCAAUGGCAGAGAGAAGCAGGAUUCUGUUCAUAGGAGGCACAGGAUACAUUGGAAAAUUCAUUGUAGAAGCAAGUGUCAAGGCAGGCCACCCAACUUUUGUUCUCAUCAGAAAGUCCACUCUCUCUAGCCCCGCUAAAUCCACUGUCAUUAACAACUUCAAGAAUCUUGGUGUCAAUCUCCUACUUGGAGACUUGUCUGAUCAUGGGAGUUUGGUGAAGGCAAUUAAGCAAGUGGAUGUUGUGAUAUCUACCGUUGCUCACGAUCAGUUAUAUAAUCAAGACAAGAUCAUUGCAGCCAUUAAAGAAGCUGGAAAUAUUAAGAGAUUUUUCCCAUCAGAGUUUGGAAAUGAUGUGGAUAGAGCGCAUGCUGUUGAACCCGCAAAGACAGGAUUUGCUACAAAGGCCAAAAUUCGACGAGCUAUUGAGGCUGAAGGAAUUCCAUACACUUAUGUGGCAUCAAACUCCUUUUCGGGUUUCUUUCUUCCAGCUUUGAACCACUCUAGGUCUGGGGGUUUGUGGCUGUAUCUCCAUCCACAUGUCCAGGCUUCAAGCAUUGGUAGCAAUGCAGAAACGACAUUGAAACAACCUGGAGCUCCUGCCUCACCUAGAGAUAAAGUCGUCAUUUUGGGUGAUGGAGAUACCAAAGUGGUUUUCAACAAGGAAGAUGAUAUUGCCACAUAUACUAUCAAAGCGGUGGAUGAUCCAAGAGCAGUGAACAAAACCCUCUUCAUUAAACCCCCAUCCAACAUCAUCUCAUCCAAUGAUCUUGUUUCUUUGUGGGAGAAGAAGGUAGGGAAAAAAAUUGAACGGAUCUAUGUUCACGAGGAGCAACUUCUGAAGAAUAUUCAAGAAGCUUCAGGUCCACGCAAAGUGAUUUUAUCGAUUUGUCACUCUUUGUUUGUGAAAGGAGAUCAGACCAACUUCGAGAUUGAGCCAUCGUUUGGUGUAAAGGCUUCUGAGCUUUAUCCUGAUGUCAAAUACACUACUGUAGCUGAAUACCUUAACCAGCUUUUUUGAGUCUGUGUUAAAUAAGCAGCUUUACCUCAAUAAACAACAAUAUUGUACAUACGAUAUAUAUAAUUAAUUGGGCCUCGUAGUGUGGGGAAUAAGGAGGGUGCGUGCAAUGCCUGCACUUGUAUUAUUCAUCAUGUUGUUUGUGUACCACGUAUCUUAGGCGGACCUGCUGAUCCCUCUUUGUAUUAUUUCUUACAAUUACUACUUCAUCUGACAUUGUGG